AUGAAGGUGCACCCAAGGUUGUCGUAUUACAAUGAUGUACAAGAUGGAACAACUUUAGUAACAAAUACCCUAGAAACUACUAAUCACCUGACUCCACUCCAUAUUCCUCCUGGACCACCUAUACUACCGGAUAGGGAUACAGUAAAUUUAAAAUAUAAGGUGCCACCAAGAGUUCCAGGUGCUCGUCUUGUUGAGAGUCGCUUUCAUCCUUUUCAUCCCUAUGUCCACACUUCACAGUCUGAGAAUGUUCACACUGCAGAGUUUUCUAAAUCCACUUUCAAAAUCCCAGAGCUUAACAUCUCAGCCAGAGCUGCCAACAUGUUGGAAAAUGUAAAGAAGGCCCUUUGGUUAUCAACUUACAAGCGUGACUUCACAGGCACAGGUUCCAUGAACCCCUUGUUGUUGGAUGACCAUGAUGUCAAGACAAUUGGUAGAGCAACUGGAGAGCUAGGCAUAAACGUUGAUCUGAGAGAAACGUUUCCGUCACACACUUCUCAAGUAAGACCGUUAGAAGGACGUAUUGCACGCUUACUUCAAAACAGACGGCCUCUCCUGUCAGGCCAGCAACAGCAGGAAUCCUCAGUUGUUCAUAUGCCUCCACUUCAGCAUACACCUGACCCAGUUUUACGUGGUUUUUCAGAAGGGGUACUGAGCUGUGGAGAAGUGUUGCCAUUUCCAGUUCAGCAGUGUCCAAAUGCAGAAAAUGGAACCAAGAGGAGGAACGAGAAUUGGGCACAGAAGCGAGAGCCGUGGGAUAGAUUUCGGAAAAUUACAGAUACUUGGAAAACAGAAUCUCUGUAUUUAAGGCAGCUUGCAGUACCACCUGAUCCAGACCCAGAUCGGAAACCUAUAGAGUCGAUUUACUAUGAAGAUCUGAAACCCUCCCGUCUAGAUAAAUACAUAGUGUGGCACCAUCCUGUCAUGCUCAGUAAACCAGCCUCAGCAGACCUAAAUUAUAGAAAGCAUGGGAACCUUCAAGAUCUUGAGUCUACUUCUAGUGUUGAGGACACCCGACCAAGAGACCCGUUGCCAGAAUGGAUUCCUAAUUGCGGAGUGGCUCGGCCUCAAACGUGCUUGCUCAGUAUUCAGGAUUUUUAUACAAAAACAGAUACCAUCAAGCGUUUCAAUGACUUAACUAGAGGAGGAAUCAGAGACCUCAGAGAUCAUGACAGAAAAGGCAGAAGGCACAAAUUCUGCGAUUUUCACGCCUUUUUCUUUCACUGA